AUGGUGGCGCCGUGCGCCCUCAACCAUUCCGCGCAGUCCUCCACACCCCCGGCGUCCUUGCCGUCGGCGUCCUCCGAGGAGAAGCCGAGAACUUGGGCGACGAACGCGACGGGGACGGUGGGUCGAUAGGACUUGGACAUGCACUUCACGGCCUCGUACCGCAUCUUCUCCACGUGCAGGUCUGCGGCGCAGAAGUUGGUCGUUUCAUCGUUUGGAGAGGGCAUGUGAUUAAUUAUCUGAGGAUGAGCGGCGUACCCAUGAUACAGGUGCUCAGGUUAGGAGCCUUCUUGUACAAUCUGAAGAAGAGGACGUAG